AACUUCAAAUUUUAAUACAACAAAUUCUAUUUGUGGUAUAAUCUAAAUAAUGCUAAUAUAAUUUAGAGAAAAAACAAAUGAUUUAGUAACAAGGCAUAAAGGGAUUUUCCUUACAUAUAAUAUGCUAAAUAUUACUCAUUUUUAAAUGGUGCCACUUGGUAACGAAAUACCAUAACUUUAUUUGGUUGCUUUAAAGUAAACUGGCCAUUCUGGAAAUCAGAUUUGUGUUUUAACAGAUUUAUGCAAGCAGUCCACUGAAGAGUGGAGCAAAAUUUAUCAUAAAUUUGACCUCAUUUUAUAAAAUUCAUGAUGAAAAAUUUUCCUCUUACAUUAUUUCAUGUAAUUUUAAAACUAUAAACUACUUUCCCAGAAAGCUGAAAUGUGCAAUACUCUGAAAUCGCCUAAAUUGAUACUGUUAUUCUUAAAACAUAAAAUCAAAUAAAUGGCCAUUCAUAUAGCACCAAAAAUGUCUUUGGAAAAAACAAUACUCAUAUCCACUUACUAUCCAAGGUUUCAUAAAGAAAAAAAACUUUAACCCCAAAUAUAUAAAAUAAAACAUGUUUAUUUUACCAUAGGAAGUGAUAAUCUAUAAAGUAUAAGAUGCUAAUUUCCAAAUGUAUCCUGGCUUGUGUAUAGCCUUGGUCAAAUGAUCCAUUGUAUCAGAAAGAUAAAGAAAAAAUAAUCAUAUUUCAGUAAUUCUAUACAUCCUAAGAGGGAAGAUGGCACAUUUAAGUGGUUGAUAAAUUUGAAAAGCUGAUUAAACAUAAUAAUCACCAUGUUGGAGGAAGACAUAAAAAUCAGAGAACAGAUUUUUUUAAUAUUAAAAAUGUGACAUGAAAAUUAUACCAUUUUAGAAAGGAAUAUAAAAAGGCAGGAGUUAAAAAUAGUGGGACUAAUAUCAUAGAAAACUAUCCAUGAGGAAGGUCAAAUUCAUUUUCAACAUGUAAAAAGGAUAAAGAGUAGAGGUAUUUAAAAAGAUUCUUAAUGAGACAAAUGUUAAAAUAUGGAACCCAAUCUCAGACAAAUACAUAGAAAGGAGUAAGGGCCAACUCUAAUGUGCAUAAGGUAUCCCAUCCUAUAGCAAAUCAGAUAUAUAGGUACACUUGAUGCCGUAAAUUUUUUAAAAAAUUGUCCAUUUUGUUGCGUGUGCACCAUAAAUUUGAGUCAGCACCAGCGACAGCUCUGCAGUCCUCCUAUGUGGUACUGAUCAGGUGGUUGCAGAGCUUCAGCUCACAGCAACACAAUGCAGCUGAGCAGGCAAGCACAGCCCACAGCCAGAAACAGUUCCGACUCUCCAGAACAAGACGACCUUUAAGCUUUAAGUUUCCCAGAGAAAAUGAGAUGCUGAUGUUGAAGACGACACUACGGCUUUGAUGGAAUAUCAGAUAUUGAAAAUGUCUCUCUGCCUGUUCAUCCUUCUGUUUCUCACACCUGGUAUUUUAUGCAUUUGUCCUCUGCAAUGUAUAUGCACAGAAAGGCACAGGCAUGUGGACUGUUCAGGUAGAAACUUGACUACAUUACCAUCUGGACUGCAAGAGAAUAUUAUACAUUUAAACUUGUCUUAUAACCACUUUACUGAUCUGCAUAACCAGUUAACCCAAUAUACCAAUCUGAGGACCCUGGACAUUUCAAACAACAGGCUUGAAAGCCUGCCUGCUCAGUUACCUCGGUCUCUGUGGAACAUGUCUGCUGCUAACAACAACAUUAAACUUCUUGACAAAUCUGAUACUGCUUAUCAGUGGAAUCUUAAAUAUCUGGAUGUUUCUAAGAAUAUGCUGGAAAAGGUUGUUCUCAUUAAAAAUACACUAAGAAGUCUUGAGGUUCUCAACCUCAGUAGUAACAAACUUUGGACAGUUCCAACCAACAUGCCCUUCAAACUACAUAUCGUGGACCUGUCUAAUAAUUCUUUGACACAAAUCCUUCCAGGUACAUUAAUAAACCUGACAAAUCUCACGCAUCUCUACCUGCACAACAAUAAGUUCACAUUCAUUCCAGACCAAUCUUUUGACCAGCUCUUUCAGUUGCAAGAGAUAACCCUUUACAAUAACAGGUGGUCAUGUGACCAUAAACAAAACAUUACUUACUUACUGAAGUGGAUGAUGGAAACAAAAGCCCAAGUGAUAGGGACUCCAUGUUCUACCCAAAUAUCAUCUUUAAAGGAACAUAACAUAUAUCCCACACCUUCUGGAUUUACCUCAAGCUUAUUCACUGUAAGUGGGAUGCAGACAGUGGACACCAUUAACUCUCUGAGUGUGGUAACUCAACCCAAAGUGACCAAAAUCCCCAAACAAUAUCGAACAAAGGAAACAACGUUUGGUGCCACUCUAAGCAAAGACACCACCUUUACUAGCACUGAUAAGGCUUUUGUGCCCUAUCCAGAAGAUACAUCCACAGAGACUAUCAAUUCACAUGAAGCAGCAGCUGCAACUCUAACUAUUCAUCUCCAAGAUGGAAUGGUUACAAACACAAGCCUCACUAGCUCAACAAAAUCAUCCCCAACACCCAUGACCCUAAGUAUCACUAGUGGCAUGCCAAAUAAUUUCUCUGAAAUGCCUCAACAAAGCACAACCCUUAACUUACGGAGGGAAGAGACAACCACAAACGUAAAGACUCAAUUACCUUCUGUGGCAAAUGCUUGGAAAGUAAAUGCUUCAUUUCUCUUAAUGCUCAAUGUUGUGGUCAUGCUGGCUGUCUGAGGGUCUGCAUUUUCUGAAACUAAUGAAAGCACUCCUCCCUGAUGUACAGUUGGGAAAAUAUGUCCAUAUCUAACCAGUGAUUCAAGCUAUAUUAAGUAUUCAAGAAAGCCAGUCUUAACAUUUCUGACUCUGAUGUAAAUGAAGUAACUUGUCUUAAAUAAAAGAAAUGCACAAUGCCUUGGUACUUGCUGCUAUUUUACUGUCUUAAUUAAGUAAACUAAUGAGUUUCUUUUAUAAAAAAAUGUUUUCUUUUUAAGGCUUCAAUUUAUUGCACAAAAUAUAAAGCAUCUAAACUUUAAUAUGUAUUUUAUGUAUGUUUACACUGUCAAACAUCUGGAAAAUAAAAGGUCUAUGCUCAUAACUGUGUCAUUUGGCUUUCUAGUCAUAUCAACUUUAUCAGAAUAAAAAUGACCUCACCAUUUUUGUUCUAGGGUACCUUGGUAAAAUCUUUAAGGUAAAUAGAACGGUGGUAGUAUCCAAGGAUUUUGUCACUGAAGUAAAAUCGCAGCUGCCAUCCCAUGAACGGUUAUAUUACAUUAUUAUUUUACAGACAAGUCAUAAUUGUUUUAAAUCUAAAUGAUGUCCUGCUUCUGAGGAACUCUUGGCUACUUUACAGAUUAUAUAAUGGACAAAAGCUCUUCAAAAAGCUAGAAGACACUAGGCUUUGCAUUUUAAUAAGAAAAGUUUAAUGGUUUUGUUUUUUGCAUGUAAAAAAAAGUGUUAAAACCACAAUGAAAAAAUUUAAAAACACGUAAAGAAGCAGUUUUAGUGCAGAUUUAACACAUCAUUAAUGGAAAAUUUAAAUAUUUAUAAAAUUAAAAUCCUACUACAUGAAGGAGAAGAAAAUUUGUAUUUUGCAAAUCAGAAAUCAGAAUGUGACUUACCUAAAUUAAACAUAAGAUUAGCUUAAGAAUAAAAUCAUUGAGUCUGACCAACUUGGGCAGUACUGAGGGAGGAAGAGAGGAAGGAGAGAGAGAAAGGGAAAAGGGCAUUUGGUACUACAACCAGGUGUUGAACCCAAUAAAACAGACUGAGGACUAAGGCUAGGCAUGGGACAGAUCUUGACACUCCAAAUCAAACCACACUGGAACUCCAACUAAAAGAUAAUCACUGAGAAAUUUUCUACAAAUAUGAAAGUUAGCCACCUUAUGAAUUAGUAACAAACAUAAGAAACAGCCACAAGGCAGCAAAAGAAGUCCUGAAACAGGAUAGAUUAAAAUGCAAGAUAGGAAAACUGAGAUGGAUGAGACACAAAUGUGGUAUUUAAUUUGUGAGACGUAAGGCAGAAUCUCAUUUCAAGCAUUCCUAGAGGUGGGAAAAAACUAUAGAAAGGAAUUUUUAUGUUCCUUCAUAAAAACUUUUAAAAAUUCAGAUAGCCUCCUUUGCUGGUUUAGGAACAUUUCUACUGAGAGAGAGAAAAGUAACAACAUUUUAAUGUGGUUUUUUUUUUUUUUUUUUUUUUUUUUUUU